UCAGGUUGGGCUCGCGUACGUAAUUACCGCUACUCACGGGCCUCGAUCGUUGGCUUCGUUCCACUGUGGCCAAAACCAAAUCCCCACAAAAUACCAUUAAAAAAUCAUCUUCAAAUUGGAUUAAUAAUCUGCAGAUCAAUCUAUCUAUACCCUUGCUUAAAGGCAAUUAAGGAAGUAAUUUUGUUACCGAAGCUCUUCGUGGAUGUCUAUGUGGAUGUCGCCAGCCAAAUAGCGCGAUGCGAUGCAUGCAACCACACGAAACCGCUUGAAAAGUCGCUGUUAAAGCGUCAACAGCAAUUGCCAUAAUUGCCAUUGGAGCAGCACACACACACGGACACACGGACACACGGACACACUCCCAGAUACAGAGGAGUCCAAUAACCGCUGGACAAACAUCCAACAACCAGCAAUCCAACACCCAACCCGUGCCCGUGCCCGUGCCCGUGCCCAUACCCGCACCCGGACCAAUUCAGCCAUCAAAACGAAACUUGCCACACGAGCUAUCCGAGGCAGGCACAUAGAAACACACACGCACACACACACACACACACACACACACACACACAAAUCCGCAAGUCCCACUGAAUUGUAACAUAGACGGGGAGUCGAGCUUGAAAAUCCCCAAAGCCAAAACAAAGUCCAAGACCGAGAGCAAGAGCAAGACCAAAAAACCAGUGGGGAGAUCAAUGAACGCGGCACGCAGCUGACAGCAGCAGCACCACCAACACCACCAGCAGCAGCUCAGUGAAGCAUAGGAAAGGCGCCACGGACGGACACCAGGCUGGGGCGGCGUUCAAGUUCAAGCAUCAACUAUUCCGACGACGACGGCAAGCAGGAAGUGCCGCGGCUGCACCUUAAUUGGAGGCAGUGUCAUUAGCACCAAAAACAACAACAACAACAACAACAGCAACAGAAACAGCCUCAACUGAACAACAACAACCAACCAACGCUCAUCCUGCUCGAUGUAAGAUGUUACUGACCGACAACAGCAACGAGCUCCACACAAGAAGCAACAGCCGCAGUCGCAGCCGCAGCCGCAUCUGCACCUGGAGAUGGAGCCUGAUCCAACUGUUUGCCCUUUGCUGGUGCUGCCUCUGCUCAGUGCUCAGUGUUGAGGCGGCCACACCCACCACAGUGUCCACGGGGCAACUGCUGACGGGACAUCAGCUGCUGCCCUGGCAAUCACCGGCGGCGGCGGCGGCGGCGGCCACAUCCUCCUCGCCCUAUGCCACCGCCACGUUGGCGCCCACGGCUCGCAAUCUGUACGCGCCCUUCCAGCGCUUCAGUCAGCAGGACGACAUCAGCUUCAAGGAUGUGCGCCAGCGCAGCGACGGCACCAUUGUGCAGUCCUUUGGUUCCUAUCGCACCGCCCGCCAAUUGGGCGUGCCUGCGGCCGCCGCAGCCCAGCGCCGUUCCGAUGCCGCCGUCGAGAUCAUUCCGGCGCCCUCGGUGGAGCUGCCUCAAGGCGACCUGAUCACGAUACCAAAGCAACUGGUGCCCACGAUGCCGGAGAACGUGACGCGGCAGGGCAGGCAGCGCAACUACAUGUACAUCCCCCUCCAGACGGAGGCAGAUCCCGAUUCUGCCGGAGCCCUCCUUCAACUGCGUCCGAGCCGAAAUGCCACGCUCUCCUCCCUGGGACCGCCUGCCGAUGGAGUAGCCGCUGUGGCCCAUCAGUUUGCAGCGGAAUUGGCCACUCAGGGCAGUCCUGAGCAGCAGCCGCUGGAACUAGAGCCAGAACGAACGGAACGCAGCGAUCUGGUGGCCUCUGCCAGCUCCACGGACAAGCUGGAGUACGCGGAGCCGGAGAAUACCAGUCGCCGCGUGGGCUUCCAGUUUCCGAGCUACAGCCUGAAGCCCGCGAGUCCCUUCCAUCCGCAGUCCUAUCGCGAGGACAACCCCAUCUUCGGGGAGACCAGUGGAGCGGGGUUCGAGCCGCAGCCAUACAGCGAGGAUGCCUCGCCCACGCCCACCCAGUACGAAGGGCACGAGACGCGCCACACGCGCCAGCUGUACUUCGACUCGGACGUAUCGCCCUCAAGCUUCGAGUUCCCGGGUCUGUCGAGCAACUCCAAGCCCCACGGCCUCAAGCUCUAUCGGGAUGAUGUGACCAAGUUUGGGGACAUCAACGGACCCAUCACGGCCCUCCCACAGCGUCCCCAGCGUGGCUUCUACUUUGGAGAUACGGAAUUCCGGACGGGACCUCCCGCACCCAUCCGCCAGUUUGGACCACAGAAGAACUUCCAGGAGUACGUGGGUCCCAGCGACUAUCAGGGCUCCCGCAAGAGUCGCUACUAUCCGUACAAGUCGUCCCGCAGUCCCCGUGUGGUUUUCCCCUCCAACGACAAUGUGGGAACCACUGGAGUCAGUGGUCCGGCGGGCAGCAGCGGACCCUCCGGCACAGGAGUGUACUUCAGCGACAACCUCGCCUUCAGGGAUCAGAACUUUGGCAUCAACGAGCUGGCCGCCGUGCAGGAUGUGCGCAACGAUUACAGUCUGCAGGAGCUGGACAACGCCUCGGAAGCCACCAGCAGUCCGCAGUCGGCGAGCACGUUCAAGGAGAAAGGUUGCGGCAUCUCGCUGGCCAAGCAGACCGCCCAGCGCCGCAUCGUGGGUGGAGAUGAUGCCGGCUUCGGCUCCUUCCCCUGGCAGGCCUACAUACGCAUUGGAUCAUCCAGAUGCGGAGGAUCGCUGGUAUCGCGCCGUCAUGUGGUCACCGCCGGGCAUUGUGUGGCUCGGGCCACUCCUCGUCAGGUGCACGUCACACUGGGCGACUACGUGAUAAACUCGGCCGUGGAACCACUGCCGGCUUAUACUUUCGGUGUUCGUCGGAUCGAUGUGCAUCCGUACUUCAAGUUCACCCCGCAGGCGGAUCGCUUUGACAUCUCAGUGCUGACGCUGGAACGGACAGUGCACUUCAUGCCACACAUAGCCCCCAUCUGCCUGCCCGAGAAGAACGAGGACUUUCUGGGUAAAUUCGGAUGGGCCGCCGGCUGGGGAGCUCUGAAUCCGGGCUCUCGGCUGCGUCCCAAGACGCUGCAAGCCGUCGAUGUUCCGGUGAUCGAGAACCGGAUCUGCGAGCGCUGGCACCGGCAGAACGGCAUCAAUGUGGUCAUCUAUCAGGAGAUGCUCUGCGCGGGCUACCGCAAUGGAGGCAAGGACUCGUGCCAGGGCGACUCGGGUGGACCGCUGAUGCACGACAAGAACGGGCGUUGGUACUUGAUCGGUGUCGUCUCGGCCGGGUACUCGUGUGCGUCCCGUGGCCAGCCAGGGAUCUACCACAGCGUGAGCAAGACCGUCGACUGGGUAUCCUAUGUCGUUGGCCUCACGAUGAACAUCUGAUGGAUUUACUACUAAUUUAUUCUCAUCGCUUCACAUUCGCAAUCGCAAUCGCACCUGCCUGGUGCAUGAUUUUGUACAUAAUUCACUUCAUUCUGCUCACUGAAUACUGAAUUCUGAUCAAUGCUAACUCUAUUUAUGAAUACAAACGAAUUAUAACAUUUAAUGUAAUUGAACAAAU